AUGGGCAUGCUAUAUUAUAGACAAGGCCGCCCGACGUCAAUCAAACUAGAUGACAUUUCCGUGCCCCUUCCCUCUGAGCAGACAGUGGGCAGCCAAUUCCAGAUACUUGCCGCAUGGGUUGAUCUGGCUAGGAUCCUGGAUGCUAUCAUCAAUGUAAUCAACCGGGACGAUGAACUUUUAGAUGACCCUGCUACGAUAUCAAAGCUUUCUAAUACAAGUGAUAAACUCCUUCGAUGGCUGAAAGAAUUGCCGACUGGGCUUCAAUGGAACGCGAAACAAGCCCCGCUAUCCCCGUCCGCCAUCUUUGCUCUUCAUAUGCAAUUCUUAACCACCACAAUUCUGCUCCAUCGCCCAUUUUCCGCCUCGGUACUUAAUUCCGGAACUGGGAAGUCUUCUACUCGCCGCCUCAAGGGGUAUACCUCAUCCGACUCACAGACAAUCUGCACCUUGAACUCAAUCCGAAUCGUCAAGAUGCUAAAUCAAUUUCAACAGCAGUUCGGACUGAGAAGGAUAUUUUCAUGGUCAGCACCUGUUGCCUUGACGGUUUCUCUCAGCCUGUUAUCUGAUAUUGCAUUGGGUGCACAGGAUGAAGAUAAAAGCAACGUGAAGAACUAUUUUCAAUUAUGCAUCAAGAUACAGGAAGAUAUGUCGUUAUCUCUGCCACUCGCAGGUCGAAAUCUUGCCAUACUGAGGUCAAUGAUAGAGCACUGUAGAAAUCCGCAGCUCUCGCGACUAAUAGUUGGGGAGGUUCCACACGAUUCGCCGCUUCCUGUUGCUCCCGCGGCUCAGAAUCAGGAGCCAUUCCAAGAAGCACGUCAUAGUGCUGUAGUUCAGGAGACACCAGGAAUAGCCCUAGGAGUAACUCCUGAUUUUGGGAUACUGGAUCAGAUGGAGCAGAUGGAGGUCGACCCCGAUAUGGGACCUCAUGACUUCGACUUUUCAGAUUUCUUCCCACAGUUCAUGCCACUUGGGUUCGGAAAUUGGACAUCGGAGGUAAACCCAGCACUGGAAACCAAUGUAGAUCUAGGCUGUAUUCAGAACUUUGGGCAACAAAAUGGUGAGCCGUUUAGCGGUGAUGUGACAGACUACUCUAUGGACUUGCAAUUUUCUUGA